GAGCCUUGCCUUCAUUGGAGGAGCUCUUAUCGCUGGCAGGAAAAGAAAUGGACGGAACAAACACUCAAGAAUCACCCUCACAACUUCCACAAGUAGACGGGGAAGCUUCAGCUCUCUCUCUCUUAUCUCAGUACCUCCAGGCAGAUUUGAAAGGGGGAAGGAGCGGAGCGGGAGAAGCCGGACUUGCAGGUGGUAACCCUGUAACCGCGAGUAAGCCACUGAGCGAGACAAUUGCAGAGCUAGAGGUGGUUCCCCGGGCGUCCUUCCACGCGCUCUUUGCUCCUGUUCUCUCCCUUGGGCUGCUCUCCCAUCGUUACGUGCAUGAUGCCGCCCGCCGUAGCAGUGGUGGUGGCAGGGGCUCGACUGCAGCGGCUGCUAUCGACACUGUGGAAGCUAGAGAGUGGCACACAGAGAUGGCUCUUCGACCACACACAGCCAUGCCUCCUCCCAACCCCUUCUCCUCCUCAUCCUCCUCCUCCUCCUCUUCUGAUUCCGGCACCUCCUUUACCACUUCAUCUGACUACUCUUCCAGCGAGCUCUCAGAUUCCGACUUCUCCUAUUCAUCCCUCUCCUCAUCAACCUCCUCUGCCUCCUCCUCCUCCUCCUCCUCCUCCUCCUCCUCCUCCUCCUCCUCCUCCUCCUCCUCCUCCUCCUCCUCCUCCUCCUCCUCCUCCUCCUCCUCCUCCUCUGCAUCAGAGUCGGAGGAUGAGAGCAGCAGCUCCUUCCUCGCCGUCCCGCCAUCGGAGGAGUUUGACCCGACAGUUGGUCACUGGAGGUGGAGGGGGGCGCUCAUUCAGUAUGGCUCUGUCGGCACAGAAGGACCAGCCAUCCUCUUUGUUCACGGAUUUGGAGCGUUCUGGCAGCACUUUCGCGACGUCAUGCGGCCACUAGCAGCCUCAGGGCACCGCGUUUGGGCGCUCACGCUGCCCGGAUUCGGCCGGGCAGAAAAACCUUUUUGGUCGUACACGCAGUACGUGUGGCGCGACUGCGUGGCGGAUUUUAUCCGCGAAGUGAUCGGCGAGCCGGUGGUUCUGGGCGGCAACUCAAUUGGAGGCUACACGGUUUCUUCAGUUGCCGGCCAGUGGCCUGACCUAGUGGCCUCCCUUGUCUUAUUCAACUCCGCUGGCCGAAUCGACCCAGAAAUUCCCAUCCCUGCCACCUCGUCCUCCUCUGAUUCCUCCACCUCCUCCUCGCCCCCGUCUCCCCCUCCUGACGGCCCCUUAUCCAAGGGCCCUCCCAAGCCGGUAGCCUGGCUGCUGUCUCGUGCUCUCUUCCUCUACCUGCGCUUCAACACAGGCCCCAUUCUUAAACGUUGUUACCCCGUGAGGCCUGAGAGGGCUGACGACUGGCUUCUAGGGGAGAUCUCCCGAGCAGCAACCGACCCGGGGGCAGUCGAGGUGGUGGAGAGUGCAUUCUACCUGCCUAAGCCGGAGCCCCUCAACAGCCUGCUCAUCCGAUACGGCGGGCCGGUGCUGGUGCUGCAGGGUAGUCUCGACCCUCUCAACGAUGCAGUGGCAAGAGCCAACCUUAUUACGGCCACCUGCCCUGGGGUCGCCCUGAAGUUGCUCAAAGCAGGUCACUGCCCCCAUGAUGAGGUGCCAGAGCAGGUGGCGUACCACAUGGACCAAUGGGCUCGCGCCACAUGGUGCUCUGUGGGCGAGGAGGAGGGCGACCGGCCAAUGGGAGUGCGGCGGGCAGCAGCAGCGGCCAGAUCUCCUGCCGAUGCUCUGGAGAUUCUGGAAGAAGAGGCGGCUGUGGGGGUGUUUGGAGGAAUGGUGCGAGGUGGGGGAGAUGUUGGAGGGAAGAAGGUCAAGAAUCAGAAAGAAGAAGAAGCAUUUGCAGCAGCAGCGGCGGCCAGGUUUCCUGCUAAUGCUCUGGAGAUAUUAGAGGAGGCGGUUGUGGGGGUGUUUGGGGGGUUAGUGGGCGGAGUGAAGGGGACUGGAACGAAGGGUAACAAGGAUAAAAGGGUGAGAGAGGGGAAGUGGAGCAGAGGCGUGAAGAAGCAGCAGCAGCGGCGGCCAGCACUCUCGCGCAACGCCUCCUUCAGAACUAGGCGAUUAAUUACCGUCUCCGUUCCACAGCCGUCUCCUUCAGCUAGGCGAUUAAAGCGCGUUCUAGUGACAUGCGACGCGGCUCCCGGAAACACGCCUGGAGGCGAGAACGGCGCGGCGAAGGCGAAUGGCGGGUCUGGGGAUGGGGCAGGAGAGAUUAAGGACGUCAGAAAAGGCGGCGCGAAGGAAAAUGCGGCGGUAGCGAACGGGCAGGAAAGUCGCCAGGAGAAGCGGGACGAUCAGGUCUGGGGGCGGCGUCGUUUGUCGGAUCUGGAGCGAGAGAUUCUCGGGGUGCAACGGGGGGACGGGGUUCCCGCCUCCCCCAAGGGAGGAGGUUCCGCUUCCCCCAGGCCUUCCGCUCCUCCUCCCCCUUCCGCGCGCCCGCAGCUUCGCAGAAGGGACCCUAAUUCCAACCAGAAGUCGAUUUUGGAUGAACUGGAUGAGCAGGGGUUUGGGCAGCUCAGCGGGGGUGUGGAGGAGUGGGAAGCGGUGAAGUCCGCCAAGAGAGUGGGCGAAUGGUUGGAGGAGAAGACUAUCAAGAAGGAAGGGGAGGAUGAAAUGGCAGGUCCCCCGCUUGGGUUUAGUCUCGUUCUGCUUCUGGGAAUCUUCCCUGUCUGGCUUUUCCUGGUGCUAGUGGCAGGGGGAUGGGUGGAGCUGCCCCCACAAUUAUCCUCGUUACAGGAUCUCCUCACUACCCCCUAG